GAAUAUAUGAAUCUGACAUGUGCUAAUGUGGCCGAGCUUGGUUGUGUUUACGGAUCCGGCUCACGGUCGGCUUACGUCACUCGGUAUAUCAACUACAAGCUAUGUGUGUGAUAACAUAGGUAAACACACCGACAAAAACGGCCUCUCAAAUACCACGUCGAGCUUUACACGCUUUCAAAUUAUAUCAGCCAAUUAAACUGAACCGCGUUGGGCUAUUUUCGAACACGGAUAUAACGUCCUGGAUCAAUUCGUUUACAAUUUGGUACGGGAAAAUUAAUUUUGGGAAAAAGGGAACACGGGAGGCACAAGAUAGAUCAAAUUUUUAUUAAGGAUGAUGGUGCGAGGAUAUAAUGCGAGGUUCAAGGCUCGGAGCAGGAACGUGAGAAUCGCGAAUUAAUUAAUAAUUAGUUACGCAGACACAGUUUUAGUUUUAUUCUCCUGGUGAGUAAUUAAAAUUGGCCACAUGUGAGGUAAGAGCGGCUUCCACCAAGCUGAUUUAUUCUCCAUGAAAAAUGUAUGACCUGGAAGGAAUUUUCAUACCUAAAACACAUCCUGCCGGUUUGGACCGAAAAAUUUAUUUAUACAAAACUUAGCACAAUGGAUUCUACGGCAACUUUUCCAUGCAAAUCAUUUUGUUGGGAGAUUGAUGCACGUCACGGAUCGCGUUACUUUUUUCCUCCGGAAUGUUAAUAAAUAAUCAAAAACUAAAAAACACGUCCGUAUCGAGCUUUAUUUAAAUCGUUAGAACCAACUCGGAAUACAUAAAUAGGAAACAUGCUUCGUUGACACGUAAACGAAUAUUUUACUUGAAGCAAGUUAUCUUCAAACACCCAAGUUUCAGAAUGUUGCCGGUGUUUUCCAAAGUUGGGAGUUUUGCAGAGGAUUGCAGCUUACGAAAACCAAUAAUGCGCACAGUUUGAUUGACAGCGACGGUGGAAAAUUUAUAUCAACGACGCUAGUUUAAAAAGCGAAGGGGAAGGAAUUCUUACAACGCAAACAAAUACUAGAUCGGCUUCAUAUAUUCCACGUCUGCUGUUUUUUCCCCUUCUACUGGGCGUACUCAUAACACCAAUCAAUGGAAUGAGCGGCGUCGGUUGUCCCAUGGGAUGCGUCUGCAACGACGAAACAUACGUGGUUUUGUGCGAAAGAAACAAACUAGACGUGCUACCAAUUACACUGAAUCCAGCCAUUCAAAGACUUGUGUUAAGGAACAAUAAAAUUAAAACAGUGGAUGCUGCGUUCCAGUUUUACAAAGACUUGCAAUACGUCGAUUUAUCAAACAAUCACCUGGUGAACAUUCCGACGAAAAGCUUUAUUUAUCAAGAGAAGCUGCAAGAACUUCACUUGAACAAAAAUAAAUUAUCGUCGAUUAAUAACAAAACCUUUCAAGGCUUAAAAUCGUUGACUGUAUUGAAUUUGAGGGAGAACUUCCUAGAGGAGUUACCCCAAGGUCUUUUCUCGAUUAUGCCUAAAUUGGAGGAACUCAAUCUUGGCCAGAAUAGAAUUUCGAAGAUUGAUCCCCUGGCUUUUGAUGGUUUGACAGCACUGAGAGUACUUUAUCUCGAUGACAAUGCCUUAAGUUCGGUACCAACAUCGUCUUUUAGUGUUUUGGGGAGUUUAGCUGAGCUUCAUGUUGGCUUAAAUGCCUUUUCUUCGCUCCCAGAUGAUGCUUUUAAAGGACUUGGCAAGUUGUCAGUUCUUGAUUUGAGCAGUGCCGGACUUUCGAAUAUUAGCCUAAAUGCUUUUCGCGGAUUAACAGGACUGAGAAGUUUAAACUUGGUCGAUAAUAAACUUCAACGUAUUCCAACUGUCCAGUUGAGUCAUCUGUCCCGGUUAGAAGAGUUGACCAUCGGCCAGAAUGAGUUUACUACAGUAGAAAAGAACUCAUUCAAAGGUUUGAGUAAUUUGAGGAAGUUAGACAUAACUGGUGCUCCUAAUUUACAAAAAGUGGAAAAAGGUGCUUUUAGUGAUAACCUGAAUUUAGAAUUUAUUAUCUUAGCCAGUAAUAAGAAACUAGAAGACUUGGAAGAAGGUGCUCUUGUCGGUUUACCCAACCUGAAACACUUAGUCUUGAAAGACAAUUCCUUUAAAGCUUUUUCCGAAUCAAUGGUGUCUUGGAACGAACUAAGGUCACUUGAAAUGACCGACAAUCCGAUUUUCUGCGACUGCCACUUGCUCUGGUUGAGUAACUUAAUCUCAAUGAAGAACUUGAGCAACGUUCAGUGUUCAAUGCCAUUAGCGUUGCGCGAACGUCCUUUGAGGACUCUGAGUCCUGACGACUUGGGCUGCUCGUUCCGCGACCCUCGCCAGCAGGCCAUCCUGGUGACGUUGUGCGUAAGUGCGGUUGUACUGUUGGGAGGCCUCGGCCUGUUCCUCUUCCGAUACCGGCAGCGAGUCCGCGAGGCGCUCAAGGACUACAAGUGGAACAAAAGGGCCAUCAGCCGGAAGGAGCACGAGUACCAAAAGACGUUCUCUGAUGACGACUACAUCGUCCGGUCGGCUCAGCAGGGCAUCAAGCCUAUUCCUGUGACGGAGUUGUAGCUAGAGCUGAGCGCGCCGCCCUCUGGGGUCUUCUGUUUGGAUGGUGAGGGCAGGCGUGCGAGGGGCCCACGGGGGCCAGGGGGCACUCUCCCCGUCACAGGCUUUACAUACAUCACCGGCGAUUCAUGCAGGGCGCACUCGCUAAGAGCGCUCAACUCGGACAGGAACGGAUUUCCGCGCUGUCACAGAGACGUCUACCAGCAUUAGCCGAGACGUGGGCUAGAAUUUGCAGCAAUAAAUGAAUCCAUUCCAAAAUGUGAUUAAAUAGACUGUAUAGUAGGUUUAAGUAUAUUUUUCUCGAUGUCUAACGUUCUAGGCCUGUACAAACAGGAGGGACUAUUAGAGUGGACAUACAAAUCAAUUAAGGGUUGCGUACCGYUUGUCGUGUUCAAUAUUUGUAUGUCUAUCCAUUACAUUUACUGCAUUAUAUCCCAGUGUCUGGACACUGAACUAUGAUGAUACGAAGAGAGUGAUGUUAUCAUAUUUGUAAGAAAAGAUGUGAUAUUUAAUGACUGCAAACGUUUAGAUGCCAGUUAAGGUGUACAUAGGGGGCUUGGUAGUAGUUAUUUUUAUUUUAAACGUUUCCUGAUUGUGUUCAAGCCAUUUCUCUAUUGGGUUUAGAUGUUGCGGUCAUAAAUACCACUUCCAUUUUAAUGAUUUGAUAUUUUCAAUCAACUUGAAAAUAUUUAAGUCAGUGUAUAUACAUGUAACAUGCAAUAUUUCUAUAUAUUUUGUAUAUAUUCUAAAUUUUAGAUUGUAGAAGAGUAUUUAUUAAUUUUUUAUUGUGUGAUCGACUAUACAGAUAAGAAAUAUUGCAUUCCAAGAGCUGAGUGAUUGUGACCGUUUAUGCCAAUAGAAUUUUUUUCACACGUUUCCAAACGAAACAUUUCCGACUUUUUUCAAGUUGUCUAGUGCUGAACACAAUUGAUGAACUAGUCAUAGUUAAAUUAUUAUACCUAGACAGAGUGAAUGUUUUUUGUAAUUUUUGUGUGUAAAAACAAAGUGCAUUUUAUAUUGUAAAUAAACAUAGUGUUUUGUACAUAUGACUUUAACCUUAACUAUCGAUAUUUACAAUAAAUAAACUAUUUCAAAUCUUUA